AUGCAUCAUCAGAUGCCACCUCAUCCAAUGCAUCAUCCUCAACAUCCACUUCUCUCAAAUCAACUACAGCCAAUUAAUCCUGAGACGCACACCUCAAUGUGGCUUGACGAUCCUUAUAAUGUCUCCAAUGCACCGGCGUCCCAACGUGAUUCCGGAUUUAACUCUCGACCAGCUUCACUGCGUAGUAUAGACUCCGCUGUCACAAAUACCACCGGUCCAAUUCAUCAUGGGCCAACAACACCCGCCGGUUAUGAACAACUUCCACCACCGUUGCCGCCCGAUCAUGAGAAUAUGCACCCACAGUAUGCUGAAAUGCAACCAGCCAAUGCUCCGCUUUCACGUCCUGAUCCCAAUCAGGUCAUACCAGAAUUGUUAACCUUACUCAUGGAAGAUGAUCCCGUUAUUGUGCGUGAAGCCAUUACUGUCACUCAAAUGUUAGUAAAGGAAGGUGGCGAUGCACGAUCCGAAGUUAUUCGAAACCGUGAUUUAAUCAUUGCUCUCUUGGAAAGUUUUUCGAAAGAUGUUGGUGAUGGCAAAAUCAUCUAUGCACUUGCGAGUUUGUUCCAUUCACUUUCUCAACAACAAGAAGGCCUUCGAGCGAUACUUGAAUGCAGCGGGAUACCCCGUUUAAUUCAAAUCCUUGAUUCGCCGGAUAAUAUUGUGAACUUUGUCAUAACAACUUUGCAUAAUUUUCUCAUCGUUCUGCAAGAACAAUCUGCUAAUGAAAUCGAUCGUGUUAAUGGUACACAAAGUUUCAUCCAUUUACUUCAGAGUGCCAACGACAAACUCCUUACAUUAGUAUCGGAUUGUUUACUGAAAAUGACCAGCUACAACUUAAAUUCUAAACUCUACAUUCAAAAUAGUGAAGAGUGCCUUCAACGUCUCCUGCACAUAUUUGAUACAUCGAAAUACGACAAAUUACUGCUGACUAUAUCGAAACUGUUUCCCAUCAUAUCCUCCGGAAAUGAAGUCAUCAAGAAAUUAUUCUUGCAAUACAAUGCUCUGAGUAUUUUUGAAAAGCAAAUUAAAACGACGAAAAGUAUUCGAAUUAGACAUAAUUGUUUAAUUGCAUUACGCAACAUAUCAGACCAAGCCACACGGAUGCGUGAUGUGGAUUCAUUAAUACAACAAUUAACCGGCAUUGUCGUCACCGAUGAUCAGCAAUCCGUGUUAUGUUCGUUAGGCAUCUUAAGUAACCUCACAGCAGAUAAUCGAACGAACAAGAGUUUAUUAGUUAAGUUGAAUGGUGUACAAGGAAUCAUGCAAAGAUUAAUGAUGAAUGCCGACGGAAAUGAUGAUAUCAUUGAAGGAGCGUUGUGUACUCUUCGUCAUGUCACUGCGCGUCAUGAUUUCGAAAAUGAAGCUCGAGAAGCCGUUAGAAAAUCGUAUGGUAUAGGUAACAUCAUAAAAUUGCUACGUGACAAAAAUUUCAAAGAGCACUGGGGUAUAAUCAAAGCUUCGGUGGGCUUAAUAAAAAACUUAGCAUUAUCACCCUCCAUAAUUCCACAACUAUGUGAACAAAAUGCUGUUCGAAGAUUGAUUGAAUUGCUGGUCAACGUCGAUCGAGAACGAAUGAAACUCUACGAAGAAAAUCGACAUCAGUAUUUACAUCAAUUUGAUGUCAUGAUUGAGCUUAUUGUCGGCGCAUUGAAUAACUUCGCCAAAGAUCUAUCAUGUAAAACAAUUAUCAAAGAAACGAAUGUUGUCGCAAUCUUUGUUCGCUAUUCACAUCUACCGUCUUGUUCGUUACAACAAAUUUCUAGUAAUCUAUUGAAAGAAUUGAAUAUCGAUCGAGAUCGCGUACAAUCAAGUGAUUCGUCAUCGUAUCAACAAUCGUACAAUAAUACACUGAUCGAUUCUCGUCAUAAUCGUCAGUAG